CGCCAGUUCCACUCAUACCGGCAUGGUCGCGGCGGAGCUCAACUGAACUGAGAAAGGAACGAAUCAGUUCAUGAAGUGAUUCGGUUCAGUACGUUCACUCAAAAGAUUCGUUCUUUUGAACGAAUCGUUCGCGAACGACACAACACUACCACAGUGGAGAAGGAACAGCCCAGUCGAGUGAACAACAACCCUGACACAGAGGAAGUUGCAUAGGUAUGACAACGUUUACCUGCUGAAACAGAGAUGCCAGAUAUUGAGGGCAGCGUGUGAAUGGAGCCGUGUGCGAGUACGGCCUCCCUGCUGGCCUCCGUGCGGGAGCAGGAGAGGCAGUUUGAGAUGCUGAGCCGAGCUCUAGAGGAGGAGCGGAGGUCGUGCGCCGGCACCCUGCCCCGCCCGCUCCCAAACAUUCAGAACGGUCGGGUUCCUUGUGAUGCGGACAUAGAAAGGCUGACACUUAACGAGGGUUACGUCAACGGGACACAUCAUUUUAGGAUGGAACCUGGUCAGAUGGUAGAGGAGACUUACACCAUGGUGGAGAAGGAGUCCACACCCGUCGUCUCUGUGGAGACCAACGAUGAUGGCACCACACGACGCACAGAAACCACGGUAAAAAAAGGAAUAAAGCCCACUGCCACUCGCACAGUCAUUCCCUCCGUAUCAGACACGCUUUCCUUGGAUGGUGGAGGAUCAGCAGUGGGUAUGGGAGCCUACAUCCCACCCAUGGCAGGCGGCUACAGGCAGGCACCUGGAGUAGGUGUACCCAUGGAAUACCCCACCCACACUGUCCCUCGAAACUACCACUAUGGACCACCAGGUGGCUAUGAGGACUAUAUCCCUGGACCCCCUACGGAAACAUAUGCGAGCCUCAACCGGGGUGCUCAAAUGGAUGAUCACUACAGACCAGUCCAUGGAGAUGGCUAUAGAACCUUGGAUCCAAGCUACAGAGCCCCCAGCAGGAACCAGCUGGACCCAUAUGCUGCUCAGCCUCAGGUUGGGCGAAUGGGAAGCGCAGUAGAGCUCUCCUCCAUCCCAAGGUUUGUCCCAGAACCAUAUGGUCUGGAAGAUGAUGGGCGCAGCAUGGGCUAUGAUGAGCCUGACUAUGGCAUGGGGCAUCCCGUGCAUUACAGCACAGUUCCGCGUAACCACCAGGGAUUCCCCCAAGGCCCACCACGUAGGGCUGGGAGUUACGAGGGCACGUUGGAUGGUGAUAUGAGUGGUCCAGGGGACAUGUACUACUGGGGGGGGGCUCCUGUGGCACAGGGUGAAAGAGGAAGCAUGGCUUCACUGGACAGCACCCUGAGGAAAGGCCCAGGCCCACCUGGUGGGUGGCGUCAGCCAGAGCUGCCUGAAGUUAUCGCAAUGCUCAACUACCGCUUAGAUCCAGUCCGGAGCAAUGCUGCUGCGUACCUGCAACAUCUUACUUUUAAGAAUGACAAAGUGAAGUCUGAGGUUCGUCGUCUGAAAGGCAUCCCAGCGCUGGUCUCUAUGCUGGACAACCCUAACAAAGAGGUUCACUAUGCAGCCUGCGGAGCGCUGAAGAACAUUUCGUAUGGGAAAGAUCAGGACAACAAAAUUGCCAUCAAGAACUGUGACGGAGUGCCUGCACUAAUUAGGCUUCUCAGGAAGACCCGUGACCAAGACCUCACUGACAUCAUUACAGGGACACUUUGGAACCUGUCAUCACAUGACUCUGUAAAAAUGGAGAUUGUGGACCACGCAUUGCACGCUCUUUCCGACGAGGUAAUGGUGCCUCGCUCAGGCUGGGAGCGCGGGAGCAAUGGUGGCGGAGGGGAGGAAAACUGCAAGCCACGACACCUGGAGUGGGAGACGGCACUCACGAACACAGCCGGCUGCCUGAGAAAUGUGAGUUCAGAGCGAAGUGAAGCGCGGCGAAAGCUGAGAGAGUGCACUGGAUUGGUGGAUUCCCUCAUGUACAUUGUCCAAUCCCAAAUUGACUGUAAAGAUGUGGACAAUAAGCUGAUAGAGAACAGUGUGUGUCUGCUGAGAAACCUAUCCUUUCACGUUCAUCGCGAAAUCCCUGGCUGUGAGCGCUACCAGGAAGCAGCACCUGUCAACCAGGGCCCUGCCUCGUCCAGCCAAAAGGCCGGUUGUUUCAGCGCCCGAAAGAGUAAAGAUGAGUGGUUUUCUAAAGGAAAGAAAGAUGAAGACACAGCUGCCGACACUAUAGACAUUCCAAAGAGGACCACACCUGCUAAAGGCUACGAGCUGUUGUUCCAGCCAGAGGUGGUCCGCAUCUAUACUUCUCUGUUGAAGGAGUCUAAGAACCCCACAGUGCUGGAGGCCUCAGCUGGAGCUGUACAGAAUCUUUCUGCUGGACGCUGGACAUAUGGCAGAUACAUCCGUGCCCUGCUGCGCCAGGAGAAAGGCCUACCCAUGAUGACGGAGCUACUGGGCCAUGACAAUGACAGAGUUGUACGAGCCAUGUCUGGGGCCCUCCGCAACCUGGCGAUUGAUGCUCGUAACAAAGACCUACUUGGCAAACAUGCAGUGCCCAAUUUAGUGGCCAACCUGCCUGGUGGAGGUCAGAGUCAGCCUGUGCGAGCGCUAUCGGAGGCAACAGUGGUGUCGGUGUUGAGCACGCUCCAAGAGGUGCUUGGCUCAAGUGUGGAAGCAGUAAAGACUCUCAGAGCCUCGCAAGGAAUCGAGAGGCUAGUCCUCAUCAACAAGGACGGUAAUCGUUCUGAGAGGGAAGUGCGCGGGGCUGGUCUAAUAUUGCAGACUGUGUGGGGCUACAAGGAGCUGCGGCGCACGUUAGAGAAGGAUGGAUGGAAGAAAACUGACUUCAUGGUCAGCCUAAAUCCUCCCAGCAACAACACCAGGGCCAACGGAGGAUAUGAAGACAGCACUCUGCCGCUCAUAGAUAAAGGGGGCAAAGGUGCACAAGAAAUGAUUCCAAUGAACGACAUGGGACCAGAUGCCUACUCCACACUGGACCAGAGAGGAAGGAACACUCUGGAUAACACCAUUGAGCCUGAUAAUAAAGUUGCAGUGCAGGGAGGGAAGUUUGGGGAAAGACAGGCCUCUUUGCCUCUAACGGAUUCUUAUGAUGAAAAACUGAUGGUGUGCAUCACGAGACGACCGCCUCCUCUCACCCACUGCCCUUGCUGAACCGACCACAAGGGACCUGAACACUACAGAUGGGACAAACCACCACCCUUUUACUUCCUCUACAUGCUCUUUACAACAUUCCUCCUUUUGCAGCUGACCAAGCCAAUGAAACACCUUAAAAACUAGAUAACUCAUGUUGCUAUGACAACAAGAUUGUGACACUAUGACCACUGCCCCCCACACACUACACUAAGAAUGCGUCAAUCAGAGCUUUCAACACUACAUAUCUGCUCCUCAUCUGGAAGACACUAAUGGACCUCCCAGGUUUGAGCAGACACUUGGACAUUUAAUCCGGGUGGAAUUGUACAUGAAUAAUCUAGGUAGGGCUUGUGUAAAUUCUCUCUUUAAUGGGCGACUACUACAAAAAAACCUUGAUCUGGAUUGUGGUUCUUGUUUUUGCUUUCGUGUUGUAAGACAUGUGCCAAAUGACAAUGCUGCAAUGACGCAAUUCUCUCUUAACAACUUUAAAAACCUUGCUACUUUGCUUUUUGGACAUCAUUCGUCUGUAAAAAUCCAUCGCUUGCUGCACUUUCUGCUUUUGUCAAAGGGAGGGCAGUUAGAUGUACUCUAAUAUAAAUGUGCAGUGGUACCUUAGUUUUUGGCAGUGAUCCGUUAAAACGACAACCAGAAUAAUGUCAAUCAAAUUAAUCUGUUCCAGACAUGCAAAACUAUCACCACAUUUUAUACAGAAUAAUUAUAGUUUAUGUAGAAAACCAUGUGAAAUACAUAUAAAUGAUGAACGAAAUGUAUCACUUUUACCUUUAUUAAAGACUCUGAAGGUAUCUCUAUAAUAUUUUUCUUGAAUUCAGUAGUGUUCCUCACCUUGUUUAUCAAAGUGCUGGCUCUCGCUACUUUCUUUGACCCGGUGGUGGAUUAUGACAGAGUCACCAAAGCGUGGAAUUCUUCCUUCGGGUACUCAAUUUCGCGGGGAAAUUGAUUUAAGUGCAAUGUUUGGCCACACGCUAACGGAGACACUGUACAAAAAUGUGUCGAAGUCCGAAUCACAUAAAAAAGUGGGGUGUACGAAAAACGAGGUACCACUGUUACGGCUAAAAAUAUGUGUAUAUAUAUACUUAAAUUUGAAAGCCCAUAAUCUGUACUGUUUUUAAAACAGCGGUCUAAUUGGAGUGCCUUGCUUACUCAGGACAGCUAUUACGGGCGUGUCAUUAAACCUCGCCGUCACGUGGAAUGCUUUGAGAUUAAUCUGUUUUUUAGGCAGGAUUCUUGUCAAAACUCGCCUUCAUAACAGAAAGGUCUUUCCCCCCCCUCCCCCAUAUUCUCUCAUCGUUUUGGAGGGCGACAAGCUGUAGUGCAACAUAAGAUGUAGAUACUUAAUUGAAACGAGCAUGAGGUCGUGUUUGCUUUCACUUUUUUUCACACCGACAGCCUGCUUUCCAACUUUGCUUUCAAUGAUGGACUUAACCGAGCAGGGGAUUGAUUUGUUUUGUCUCAGGAGUCGCAGACAUUUGCUUAUAGAAAUACGAGAAGAAAUAAAGCACAUUUAAACUCUA